GCGCGGUGUAUGCAUGUGGUCAUCGCGAAACAUUCAAACCAUUCCGUCGGUUUGAGGAAAAGAGAUAUUGCUCCGAUCUUGCGAUAGAGAGAAUGAAGCUUGUGCAGAUGGUUUAUAAAUAACGAACCGUACCUUAUGAGUUGCCGUAGUUUGUCGUACCACGCAUAUGCAUGGGGAGGAGGAGGAUCGUGUGGUUGUUAAGGAUUGAUUUUUUUUUCUUUCUUUUGAAGUCCGAUGUGAUGUCGACCUGACUGGUCGGGAGUAUGAAUCAGUCUUUCGGUGGAUUCUGUGAGUGGCGGAUAGAAUUUUGUUGUCACAGUCCACAGACUCGAUCACGAACGGUCGCGUUUGACUAGCGAUCUUUCGGAAGCGGCUUUCGUGCGUAGACCGAUCCGUUCGCUGUGUUUCUCAGUUUUGUUGGUAAAGUCUGUUAACCUGACCUGUCCGUACGCUAACACUUUGGCGCCACGACACAAAGUACGAAAAGGGGAGCGUCCUAGCGUUCGGACUCAAGGUAUCAAGUGGAAUUGAUUGAUUGAUCUAUCGGUGCUGAGCAAACCCGAUCCCCCCGGUCCGAAUACAUUGAUUGUAUUCGUCGUGCAGGAAAGGUGAAAACGAAUCUAGCCGUGAGGCCAUGUGUUUGCGUGUUGGCGCGUUUCUUUAAGCCCGAUCUGUCGUGCACGGCACACCUACCGUCGACAGCCGCUUGUAACUGAAUUGCGGAUCCGGAUUGCGUCUCGCUGGCCGCAAGUCAGGCCGGCACUUGAUUGGCGUUAGUCGUGUACGUCUGGUUGCGAUCGUGCGAUCGCGAAGCGGUUACGUUUGGGGACGGACGGGCGGACGGGCAAACUAAAACAAACACGAAAAAUAAUGCACACCAAACUGGUCCUCCUUCUGGUCGCGCUGGUGGCGGCCAUAGCCGUGCAUAGGGCCACGGCUGCAGGCCAUCCCAUCGGGGGUGCCGUUUUCUCUGAAGAAAGUUGUCACAGGGCCGGGGUGCUGGUUUUCUACCGCAUCAAGCUGGUGACCAGCUGGUCGAAGAAACUUUUCCCCAAGCACUAUCCAGAAUUUAGACCGCCGCCACAAUGGAGCAUGACAUUUGGUCAAACGCACAACGAUAGCUUCCAACUGUUUCAACUGAAACACCCAGCAUCGGUGCCGGUCGCAACCUUUGCAGAAACUGGACAAUCUGCAUCAUUGGAAGAAUCGUUGGCCGCCCAACAGGACCUGCUGUUCGACGAGUUCCGCCUGCCGAAGAUUCGCAAGGGAAAGGGCGAAAGUGAGGCAACGUUCUUCGUCGACGGUGCACACUCGAGUGUAUCGUUCAUAACGAAAAUAAUACCUUCGCCCGAUUGGUUUAUUGGACUGGACUCGUUUAAUCUGUGUUCGCGAGGGCGAUGGCUGGAAAAGGUGACGAUCCCCAUUCAUCCUCUCGAUGCAGGGACUAGCAGUGGGCUUACCUUUACCUCACCGAAGUGGCCCACGAAUCCACGCGGCUUGGUGGAACGAAUCACUGCCCGGUAUCCGCUUCAUUUCGCCAGCAGCUUUUUCUACCCCGAAAUCAAACACCUGCCUCCGAUAGCGCAUGUCACGUUCACCAAGAUUAAAGAAUACCAGAACCACAAUAACGUCCACAAGAAGGUGAAGAAACUCAAGUACAAACAGCGCACGAAGCUGCUGCGAAAGCUGAACCAACAGCAACCGUCCCCGAGCGCCGACAACGAGAUCCUCCUCUCGGACAAAGACUGUCGGGUUAGUGCGUGGUCUGCGUGGAGUCCUUGCAGCAAGACGUGUGGGUUGGGCAAAAGAAAUCGCACCCGCAGCGUGCUACAGAACCAGCGGCAUGGUGGCGUUGAGUGUCCCGCACUGGUCGAAACGGAAUGGUGCGGAUCGGCCCGUCAGUGUGCGGAGUUGGCCGCGUACUUUAGAUGGUAGAGGUUGCAAAUAAAUGAACUUGAAAUCGGGUUGUUAAGA